AUGUAUGACAACGAUAGGGUGGCCCCGUCAGUUUUCACAGCGCCUAAUGCCGUUGUCAAUGUGGGUAAUAAUAAUGUACAAGGGCCCCCCACUACUGGAAUUAGAAUAGAUAACGUUAACGAUGUACCCACUGUAAUACUCCCGAAACGAUUUUCUGAGUGUUCAAGAACAGAUUUAGUAAUUUUAAUUUCAAGGAUGUUAACUUUUCUCAUACAAAUGAAUGAUUCAUCAUCAACUUCAGCAUUGGAUAGUGUUACCAAUUUGACGAAAUUCCAUUCAAAAGUACCACCAGGCAUUUCGGUUUACAAUUAUUUGAUGAGACUUACGAAAUAUUCUUCAUUAGAUCAUUGCGUUCUUAUGGCGGCAGUUUAUUACAUCGAUUUGGUUUCAAGCGUUUACCCCACUUUUACAUUAAAUUCUUUAACAGUUCACAGAUUUUUGCUAACAGCAACCACGGUAGCUAGUAAGGGUCUUUGUGAUUCAUUUUGUACCAAUACACACUAUGCGAAGGUUGGGGGUGUUCAUUGCAGUGAAUUAAAUGUAUUAGAGUGUGAAUUACUGCGGCGAAUCAAUUACAGGAUUAUACCUAGGGAUGAUAAUAUUGCAUGGUGUAACUUAGAAUCCCAACAUCGUCAUUUUGUGUUAGAUACUCAGGAUGGUGAUGAUUGGACUCCAAUUUUGUCUAACUUAUCUGGUAAUAGGAAUAAUAGUGGUUAUAACGUUUUGGACACUUAUUAUAAUAAAAUAGUGCAAUUGGUUGGUUCUUUAAAAUCAACUCAAGAUAAAUCCAAAUUGGUAAACUAUACAUUCGCUAACACUUUAAAACCUACUAAUAUUCAUAAUAAUGAAGGUUUAAAUUUAAAUCCUUCCCCCAGUGGGAAUAAUGACAAGAUGACGACGACUUGUAAUAAUGGUAUUGAUAAUGAUAACAAUGAUGGUUCUAAUUCCAAUUCUAAUUCUCAAAUAGGAUUAGAACAGGGUACGUCCUCUCGUAAAAGAAAUUUAGAUACGGAUGUUUAUGAGAGUGGAAAUGAAUCUUACGGUAAGGAUAUAACGGGUUGUGAGAAUACGCUUCGCAAUGGUGAUCGCGGGACCUCGGGUAAUCUCAAUAAAAGGCAUUUUAAUAGACAAAAAAAGGAUUCUGAUUGA